AUGCGCAAGGUAGCUGUGAUCGUGUGUGUGACGUCGCUGUGCGUAACGCUGUUUCUGGGCGCGCUCGACAUCGUGAUCUGCAUCACGCUCUAUGACACGAUCGGACAGGAGUUCAACGACUACGCCAACGUCGGGUGGCUCAUGGCCGGGUACAACCUGCCCAACGCGCUGUUCAUGCUGCUGUGGGGCCGGAUCGCGUCGCUGGUGGGGCUCAAGUGCAGCCUGAUGGCGUCGAUCGUGAUCUUCGAGGCCGGGUCGCUCAUGGCGGGCGCGGCAAACUCUAUGGGCAUGCUCAUCGGGGCGCGCGUGAUCUCCGGGUUCGGCGGCAGCGGGAUCGAGUCGCUGGUGUACGGAGUAGGGACCAGCAUCGUGGAGGAAAAGCACCGGGCGCGUGUGAUUACGGUGCUCGGGAUCGCGUACAUGCUGGCGGAGGGCGCGGGCCCGUUUGUGGGCGGCGGGCUGGCCGAGCACGUGAGCUGGCGCUGGUGCUUCUACGUCAACCUGCCGAUCGGCGGCGUGGCGCUGGCCGCGCUCGGGUGGGGAUACAACCCCGCCGGGCGCGCGCCGGGGCGCGCGCUGGCGCGGUUCUGGGUGCGCGCGCGCGCGUUCCCCUACGGCACGCUGCUGCAGGCGCAGUUCUGGCGCCGCGCCGCGGCGCUGAUGGUGUUCCGCCUCGACAUCCCCGGGCUGGCGCUGUCGUCGGGCGGGUUCGCGCUCGUGAUGCUGGCGCUGACGUUCGGCGGCAACCAGUACGCGUGGCGGUCCGCGACCAUUGUGUGCAUGUUCGUGUUCGGGGCCGCGCUGCUGGCGCUGUUCAUGUUGUACGACUUCGUGGUGCUACCGCGCGUGGGCGCGCGGAUCGCCGGGUACGAGCCGCUGCCGCUGGUGCCCUGGCGGCUAGCGGCCAACGUGCCCGUGCUGACGAGCUCGCUGUGCGGGUUCUUCAACUGCUUCGCGUUCGAGCUGCAGUCCAUCUACCUGGUACAGUACUACCAGCUGGUGGUCAACAAGGGCCCGACGCUGGCCAGCGUGCACCUGUGGCAGAUGUCGCUGCCGGCGCUGGUGUCGGUGAUUGCCAGCGCCGUAGUAAACGAGCGGUUCGGCGUGGUCAAGCCGCUCGUGCUGGCGGGCGUGGUGAUGGGGUUUGUGGGCUCGGGCCUGCUGACGCUCGUGCGCAGCGACACCACGCUGGGCCAGUCCAUCGGGUUCAGCGUGCUGGCCGGCGCGUCGUUCGGGUGCGUGUACCAGCUCAGCCUGAUCAGCGCGCAGCUGCAGGUCGAGCGCGACGACCCGGACUUCCACGCGCGCUUCAUCGAGGUCACCUCCUACAACACGUUUAUCAAGACGCUGGGCUUCUCGUUCGCGGGCAUCGUCAGCACCACGGUGUUCACCGUAUCGCUCAAGAACCUGGCCUCGUCACACAGCGCCUCGGUCCCGAGCUUCUCGACCGUCGAGGACCUGAUCCGCUACCGGAGCGAGAACUUCGACGGCCGCAACUCCCUGCUCGGGAGGCUGCUGGCCAAGUCCGUGCGCAACGUGUUCUACUGCGCGCUGGUGUGCAGCGCGCUGUCCUUCCUGUUUGGCCUUUUCACGUCCAAGAAACGCACUGACAUUACCAAGGGCGCGGAGUCCACGGAGCUCGCGGAGCUCUGCGAGCUCGCGGAGCCCGCGGAGGAGAAACCGGUGUCCAAGACCCCGACCUCGACGCUGUGCUGA